AUGACUCGAAGUGCGAAGAAAUCGCGCGUCUGGUUCGUAAUUCUGACUUUGCUGACCUUUGUGGGCUGGGCUCCCACGGACUUUGUGAAGCAUGCGACCUCACAUCAAGGAGGGGCCGUCAGGCUCGCUGCUGCAGGUGAAACGUGGUGGUGUCAAGGUAGUGGCAUAAAUGAGAAACUGGAAGACUGUUUCGAAGAGAACAUGCAAGUGGACGGCGUGCCCUUGCUGAAGGACUAUGACACAUACCAGGCAUCCUUACCUCUGCCCUUCUAUGCUAAGACUAAGAUCACCGACUUGAACAGUUUUGCUGAAAGGAUGAGCACUGAACUGGGAAUGCGCACCUCUGUUGACUAUAUCACAGCGGCUUCCCAGUCUGGUAAGUCGGCAUCGGUGUUGGUGGGUUUCCUGCGUUCCAGAGAGCUAGAAUCUGGGGAUGAGGCGCGGUUGAAUUUCACACAUUAUCUAUACAUGCCAUUUGCCAACAACGGUGGAAAUUAUCAAAAUUAUGUUGAUGAAGCGCAACUGGUGAGUGGAUGCGGGAAAUCAUCCAAGCUGCGUGAAGCCUUGGGUGCGGCUUACAUGAGGGAUUGCUUCAGAGCACAAACCUUUGGGAGAGGGUUUCGCCGCUUGCGCCGCUUCCUUCGACUGCCCUGCGAAGGAACGGCAUAUCUUCGGGGCUGGAGGCCAGGAGCAUUUCUGAUUUUCCAAAGAACGAAAGACAUGCCUGAGAAGGACGUCUCCACCUUCAUGCAACGCAGUCCAAAGGGCGUGCUUUUGGUGCACGUGGAUGAGCACAGGUCUGUGUGUCCAGACCCAGACUUCCGGAGAGGUGCCAUGAGAGUACUCGCAGAGCUUCCUGGUGUCCAGGUCUUGGCAACCUACACUGACAUUCCACCCCUGCCCAAGCAGAAGUCUUCAGAAACUUGCCGACGACGGAUCGCAUGUUUGCUUCCAGAUGUGGGGACAAUCAGUAAGGAGCGCCUAGCCGUGGACGACAUCGACAUGGGGUAUGAGGCAGUUCUGCUUCGUGUGGCAACAUUGCGUGUGACACUUGGACUUGCCUUGCAGAAGCUCCUCCUUGCCGGCUUGCACUUUCCAUCUAGUGAGCUAGACCGGUUGUUGGACAAGCUGAACAACACUUUUGGUGAAUGUCGGAAGAGCCUAAUAGACCUGGUUUGCGGAAUUCCAGAGGAUGAUGACAGGGUGCAAGAGAAACGUUUUUCACAGGUGGUGGCACUGGACGAUAUUCUCACGGCACCGCUGGAGUUCAGCGGGCUUAAAUUUGACGGGCUGUUGGCCCGAUUCCAGUGCCAAGACAUCCAGCCCGGCUACAUCUUUCAGAAGAACAGCAAGAUGCUCGACUCUGCCAAAGUCGCAGAGAUGCAGAACGCUACUCUCCAUUGCGCCGAGGGGAACCAUCCGUGUGCCGAUAAUUUUCUUCAAAGAUGA